AUGCUCGGAGCUGCCGGUUCCCUAGCAUUCGCGAACAUCGGAGCGGCUUUCGGAACGGCGAAGGCUGGAGUCGCGGUGGCGCACCUUGGCAUCGUGCAACCCGGGCGUGUGAUGCGUGGUAUUGUACCAGUUGUUAUGGCGGGUAUCCUUGGUAUCUACGGCCUUAUUGUUUCGGUAAUCAUUAGCAACAACAUGAAGUUGACUGGCUACAUGCUCUUCUCAGGCUACAUGCACCUCGGCGCUGGCCUUGCGGCUGGCAUUGCCUCCCUCGCAGCUGGCUAUGCCAUCGGUAUUGUUGGCGACAUUUGUUGCUACGCGUAUGCCAAGACCGAAAAGAUAUUUGUCCCCAUGAUUCUCAUGCUCAUUUUUGCCGAGGCACUUGGUCUGUAUGGUCUUAUCAUUGCACUGCUGAUGAACAAUCGUGCAACAUCGGUUGCCACGACGUGUGUGUAG